AUGUUGAGGAUUAUCCCCUUUUUGUUCCUCGUGCUUUGCGGUCCGGUUCUCGGUGGGCCGGAGACAAACUUCCACGGAAACAUGACGGACCAGGAGCUGUUCUGGGGAACCGACCAGUACGACUUCUCCGUGGUGGUUCCUGCCGCCGGCCUCGAGUGUUUCUGGCACUUUGCUCACCGAGGAGAGAGGUUCUACCUGAGCUUCAUGGUGAGGCCCCGACACGAGAGGAAUCUGCAGAUUCAUGUGGACGCUCCCAGCAGCCUCAUCAUGGCCACUGUUGAUGGUGCAAAGGGUCAGAUCAACUUUGAGACCGAGGAAACAGGUUUCUAUCAGAUGUGUUUCAGCAACUUCCACAACCGCUUCGGCACCAUGCAGGUGUUCCUCAGCUUCGGCGUUUACUACGACGGAUACAAAGACCCCGACAAGACCAAAGAGGAAGAGAAGAAGAAGAAAGAGGAGGCCAGCAAAGACCUCAACAACACACUGAGCGUCAUAGAGGGUUCGACUCACAAAGUGGAGAACCACAUGUUCCGCUACUACAACUUCGGUCGCAUGAGGAAGAGCGCAGACUUCUUUCUGCUGCUGUCCAACUCGCAGUACGUCACCUGGUGGUCGCUUUUCCUCAGCCUCCUCAUCGUCACCUCGGGCUACCUGCAGCUCCUCUUCCUCAAGAGACUCUUCAUCAGCAAGAGCGGCACCGAAGAGGAGAAGCCGCGCUGCUGA